ACAUUCCCCCAUUUUCCACAAAAUAAACUACUUACCCUGCCCGCCAAAUUCCAAGCCUGACUCCCACUUCUUGAAACAUUAACACAAAAGAAAUGUUAACUACUCAUCUUCUUGCCAUCUUUCUCAUUUCCGCCAUUGUUUCGCAUUCCAAAGCUCUUCGAUUCCCUCAAGAACUUUACAAUCUUUCCUCAAAUCAGAUCUUCAUUGUCGAUAACCUUUCCAGGCCUCCUUCUUCUUCAGCUUCUCCCACGCCCUUGUUAUCCCCAGCUGUUUCUUCCCCUCUGGUCCCUGCACUCUUCAUUAUCGGCGACUCCACUGUCGACUGUGGCAACAACAACUAUCUUGGCACCUUUGCUCGCGCCGAUCGUCCUCCUUAUGGUCGAGAUUUCGACACCCAUCUCCCCACUGGACGCUUCUGCAAUGGAAGAAUCCCUGUUGAUUAUCUUGCAUUGCAUCUUGGACUUCCCUUUGUGCCGAGUUAUCUUGGACAAACUGGAGAGCUGGAAGAUAUGCUUCAUGGAGUCAACUAUGCAUCUGCCGCCGCUGGCAUUAUUUUCUCAAGUGGAUCGGAGUUGGGUCAGCACAUCUCACUCACCCACCAAAUUCAGCAGUUCAGUGAUACUUAUCAGCAGUUCGUUUUAAGCCUCGGUGAGGAUGUCGCCAUUGAUCUCAUCUCCAGUUCAGUUCUUUACAUUUCGAUUGGGAUAAAUGACUACAUACACUACUAUUUGCGGAAUGUAUCAAAUGUGCAAAAUUUGUACUUACCUUGGGGCUUCAAUCAGUUCUUAGCCUCCACAAUGAGGCAGGAAAUAAAGAAUUUGUACAACACAAAUGUUCGGAGAUUCGUCGUGAUGGGGCUACCACCAAUCGGUUGUGCUCCGUACUACUUGCAGCGGUACAAGAGCAACAAUGGGGAGUGUGUUGAAGAGAUAAAUGAUAUGAUCAUGGAGUUCAACUUUUUCACGAGAUACAUGACUGAUGAGCUUCUCCAUGAGCUUCCUGAUGCUGGCAUAAUUUUCUGUGACGUGUUUCAAGGUUCCAUGGAUAUAAUUCGCAACCAUAAGAAUUACGGUUUCGAGUCCACUGCCAAUGCUUGCUGUGGGUUAGGGAAAUAUAAUGGAUGGAUGAUGUGCAUGUCACCGCAAAUGGCGUGUCGCAACGCUUCAGAUCACAUCUGGUGGGAUCAGUUUCAUCCAACUGAUGCAGUGAAUGCGAUACUUGCAGACAAUGUGUGGAGCAGCCGUCACACCGAAAUGUGCUAUCCAAUGAACUUGGAAAAAAUGGUUUUUAGUCAAAGCCUGAACAACCUCGUAUAAAACCUUCUUCUGCUAGCAGGUAGCAUCUUUAUCUGCUAGAAUUUAUUACCGACAAACAAAGAAUGAAACUAGCUAGCAUAGGGAACAUUCUGAUUGAGAAAUUUGUUAUUAGCACUAAUUGUAAAGAUUUUAUAUACUGCUUUAAUGUUGGGCUUACAAAAUGUAAAAUAGAUUACUGAGCAUAUAAAACAUCAUAUUACUCUUUAGAAUUCAUAUAAA